AUAAUCAGUGAUGGCCGCACGCAGUGUCCACAGUCCAUGUCGUUAAAAAUCGUGAAUCGUGAAUAGCGAAUCUAGUUAAGACUGGUGCUGUUGGCCUGGUCCGGUGCACACACAGCGAUGGCAUGGGUAAUUAGGAAGCGGCUAGAAACGGUUCUCUUCACCCCGAUAAUCAAUUGACGCUAUGGCCCGAGUGGAGUUAGUGUGUUAGUCGUGACGCGUGUCGGUGCGUAAAUGUCCGUUGUCCGAGAAGCUAGUUAUGUCGAAUCCCGGCGGUAGCAGGAGGAACGGGGCCGUUAAAAUUCGCCUCACGAUACUCUGCGCCCGUAACCUCGCCAGAAAGGAUCUUUUCCGCCUUCCUGACCCAUUCGCCAAGAUAACGGUCGACGGUUCUGGCCAAUGUCACAGCACGGACACUUGCAAGGCAACGCUUGACCCCAAAUGGAAUCAGCACUACGACUUAUACAUUGGAAAGGAUGACGGCAUUACUAUAUCGGUAUGGAAUCACAGAAAGAUACACAAGAAACAAGGAAGUGGAUUUUUGGGAUGCGUUAACAUACUUUCCUCCACCAUACAGAGACUCAAGGAUACAGGAUAUCAACGCUUGGAUCUCUGCAAAGCGCACUCCGAAGAUACGGAUGUGGUAAAAGGCCAAAUAGUAGUAUCGCUGCUGUCGAGGGACGGGCACAACGGAGCAGUGAGCAACACCGUUGGGCACAACGCCGUCGUUGAUGUUCUUGGAGACCUGAGUUGCCCAACGGAUCUCCCCGAUGGCUGGGAAGAAAGGCGUGCUCAAAACGGAAGACUCUAUUAUGUCAAUCACUUCAACAGAAGCACUCAGUGGGUGCGGCCAAAUUCUCGACCAGCGAACGCCAUAAUUCCCACAACACCAGAGCCGCCACCACCUCUGGGAACGGAACCGACGUCACCAAGUGGAAGUGGAAGUCCUCAGAACAUGAGGAGCCAGAGUCCGAGCUCGAGGACAUCGGACUGGAAUGCAGAGGGAUCCCAGAACAGGACACCGGUGAGGGAGAAUUCUGCGCAGAACACGCCUACGCAGGGGCAGAACAACAAUCAUAAUCACAAUCUGCGGAACACGACGGCGACUAAUUCGACCCGGGAAAGGAGGCCACAAAGAACCAGUGAGGAGCAGAAUGGCAAUCGAUUACCCAAUGGAAGCCAGGCUCGGAGGCAGAACAGAACGAACAGGAAUCGAAACAGCAUUAUGCCAAACGCUGAGAGGAGGAAUGACAAUCAACCCUCCGAUCUGCCCAGAGGAUACGAAUUGAGGAAAACGCAGCAAGGACAGGUUUACUUUUACCAUGUACCAACGGGCGCCUCGACGUGGCACGAUCCAAGAAUACCGCGGGAUUUGCCAGCUAACGAGUUGGCAAAUGAGCUCGGGCCGCUUCCCAGUGGAUGGGAAAUGCGCCAGACGCAAACAGGACGCGUUUACUUCGUCGAUCAUAAUAACAGGACAACCCAAUUCACGGAUCCUCGGUUGUCUGGGCAGAUAAUAAGCAACUUGUUGAAGCGGCAAAGUCCCCAAAACGGGACUUCUAAUCAGACAGCGAAUUCAUCAAGUAAUUCUAACUUGGCUAGAGUAGAGCCGGCUGGAGUUGAAGCUCCUCCUACCCCAACAGUUCUAUCUACUCCGACGAAUCCUGCUAGACCCAGAACGGAGGGAGCGAGUAACAACAAUUCUCCCACCUCUGAAAGUACACCCUCGCAAAAUGGACAAACGGUUUCCGACCUCCCCAAGGAACUCAUGGAAAGCGAGCUACUUCCUAAGUACAAACGAGAUCUGGUAGCUAAACUCAAGUGCCUCAGAGCUGAACUCAAUGCGCUGCAACCACAAAGCGGUCAUUGCAGAUUGGAAGUAUCCAGAAACGAGAUAUUCGAGGAAUCGUACAGACUGAUAAUGAAGAUGCGACCGAAGGAUAUGCGCAAACGUUUAAUGGUGAAGUUUCGGGGGGAAGAGGGACUCGACUACGGCGGAGUUGCGAGGGAAUGGCUUUACCUGCUUUCACACGAGAUGCUGAAUCCUCAGUACGGGCUCUUCCAGUAUUCCAGAGACGACAAUUAUACCCUGCAGAUAAACCCCGACUCGGGCAUAAAUCCGGAGCACCUUUCCUACUUCCAUUUCGCCGGCAGGAUAAUCGGCAUCGCUGUUUUCCACGGGCAUCAUGUCGAUGGUGGAUUCACGACGCCGUUUUAUAAAAUGCUCCUCAACAAGGCGAUCACACUCAGCGAUAUUGAGGGCGUAGAUCCAGAGCUGCACAGAAGCUUGACCUGGAUGUUGGAAAACAGCAUCGACGGCGUAUUGGAUGCAACGUUUUCCGUAGAGCACAGUAGUUUCGGAGUGUUAAAGAAUCACGAGCUGAAACCUGGUGGCAAAGAUAUUGCGGUGACGGAAGAAAAUAAACGUGAAUAUGUCAGACUCUACGUCAAUUAUCGUUUUAUGCGGGGUAUAGAGCAGCAGUUCCUGGCGUUGCAAAAAGGUUUUCACGAACUGAUACCACCUCAGUUACUGAGGCCGUUCGACGAACGGGAACUCGAGCUUGUCAUUGGCGGACUGGGAUCCAUCGAUAUCAACGAUUGGAAAAUGCACACGAGACUGAAACACUGCACGCCUGAUACUCCGAUCGUACGAUGGUUCUGGCAAAUUGUCGAAUCGUACGGCGAAGAAAUGAGGGCUAGGCUUUUACAAUUUGUUACCGGAAGCUCAAGGGUACCUUUGCAGGGAUUCAAAGCGCUACAAGGAUCAACCGGAGCGGCGGGUCCCCGUCUGUUCACAAUACACGCGGUGGACGCACCUAGUGAAAAUUUGCCAAAGGCUCACACUUGUUUUAACAGGAUAGAUAUACCGCAGAAUUAUCAAAGCUAUCAAAAAAUGUUAGACAAACUGACGCAGGCUGUUGAAGAAACUUGUGGUUUUGCCGUUGAGUGAUCGUAGAGUGCAAAAGACGACGAAGAAAAAAAAAAAAAAAAAGUGGAGGAGGCAGGUGAAAGGUAGGCGUUUGUUAGGUACACAAUAAUUUAUUAUAAGAUAUCUUGUCGGAAAUUGGC